AUGGGCAUGCACGGACGCUUCACUUUCCUCCUCCUCCUCCUCAGCCUCCAUGCCCCAGGGUCUUUCGUCAGAGCAACAGCCCUGCUUGACCUGCCACAUGCGGUGACUCUGAGUGAGGAUGCAGUGCCAGGCACUCACGUGGCCAAGGUGACCAUCUCCUGCAGAAACGCAAGUGGCAGCCCCAAUGUUACCCUGUAUGGCAUUGAGCCUGGCCACCCCUUCAACCCCAUCACCAUCAGUGCUGACCCAAUGGAUGCCACCAGAUUUCAGGCAGAGGUAACACUGCGUGCUGGUGCAGAGCUCAAUGCCCACCGGGUAAAAGAGUACCCCCUGAUCCUGUGGGCCGCUUGUCCUGGGGAGGAUGAGGUGCAAGAGCAUUUCUUUGUGCGAGUGACAAGAAGGCAGGUGCUGCGCUGUGACAAUCCCUUUGCCAGUGCAGGAGGAGAUGUGGUGCGGGUGCUGGCAGACGUUGCACCCCGGACACCUCUGUACGCAGUGUUGCCGCAGCCACUUGGUGGCCUGAUGUUCAGGCUCCGAAACCAUGAGACACCACUCACGCUCACCCAACGAGGCCUGGUUCUGGCACCUGCCAAUGGCUUCAACCCCAGCAAAGACAUCCAGACAUUCAGGCUGGAGAUUGAGGUGAUGGACCGCCAUGGGCACAACUGCAGUGGGGUUGUGAGGGUGGAGGUGCUGCCAUCGCGCCAUCCCCGUGUCACCUUCCUUGAGCCACAGUGGGCUGUGACAGUACCAAAGAGCAUCAGCCCCUUGGAGGUGGUCACACAGGUCCAUGCCAGCGGUGACAACGUCCGCUAUGCCAUCCUUGCUCCUGUGGUGCCUGUACUCUUCACCAUCGAUGAGGUGACAGGUGAGAUCCGCAGCACCCGCCAGCAGCAAGUGGCCCAUGCACAACUCCUUGUUCGGGCUUACAACGCACUGCACCCUGAUGAUCAUGACACCGCCAUGGUAAACAUCACCGUGCAGGGGACAGACCAGCAGGCACCAAGCUGUGUCCCAGCCAUCUUCGUGUCCCAGCAGCCUGAGACAGUGUCCCCCGGCAGCACCCUGGUGACACUGAGGUGCGCUGACUUCAGUGGCACUGAGAGGCAUCUGCACUAUGCCCUCGAGGGACCUCCUGCCUCACGGUCCAGCUUCCACAUGGAGGGGCCACAGCUGAAGGUCAACACCACUCUGGACUAUGACUCAGAGGCUGUGGCUGCUGUGGGCUUUCAGUUAACAGCCACCAUCGUGGUGACAGCAGGAGGGCAACCCCCACAGAGCACCCGUGUGCCCGUGUUCCUGACUGUGACACCUGUCAAUGAAUUCACACCGGUGUGCCCCAGUGAUGCCACCUUCACUGUGCCAGAGACAGCAGCCUUUGGAAGCAUUGUGGGGCAUGUGACUGGCACAGAUCGUGACUACCCACAAAACAGCCUGGAGUACAGCCUGGAGGGAGACCCUGGCCCUGUGCAGCCCUUUUCCAUCAACACACAGACUGGCGAGAUCCGUGUAGUGGGGCCCCUGGACUCCCAGCGGCACAGGAGCUACAGGCUGAGCGUGAGGCUGACGGACACCCAGAAUGAUGUGGACCCAGCAAAGCGGCGGAGCUGCCUGUGCAACGUCACUGUGCACUUGCAGGCCAUGCCAGACCAGGCGCCCGUGUGCAUCCCUGAGGUGCAGGAGCUGUGGAUCGUGGCUGGGCCAGGCAGCCGCCAGUCUGUCACCAGCCUGGUGUGCCAGGGCAGUCCCCACAAUACUGCACUGACAUAUGCCAUCGCUGGAGGCAACAAGGACGGGCGCUUUCGGCUGGAGGGGAACACCAUCUUCUACCUCCCCAAUGACCUGUCUGAGCCCUGCACCUAUGUGCUGCUAGUGAAGGUGUGGAGCAGCCCUGGUGCCCCCCGCCACAGCACUGUGGUAGCACUGGUGAUGCAUGUCACUCCCUGGAGCACCCCAGAGCCACCCAGCACCACCACCCAGCACACGACGCUGCAAAAGGAGCCACUGGUGAUCACACGUAUAGUGGCAGUGUGGCACCCACCAGCCUGGUUUGUGGCUGUGCUGACACUCUCCAGUGCCCUGCUGCUGGUCACCCUGGGCUGCAUGGUCUGGAGACUGCCAUGCAGAAAACAAGACCCUGGCAAGCUGCUUCUAGAAAAGAGCUCCUGGGAUGAUGCGGAGCAGGGCCACCCCCAUGCCAGCAACCCAGAGAAGUUUGAUGGUCGUGCCCAAGACCCACGCACCGGCAGAGACUAUCUCUUCAACAGCAAGACCGGGGCACGGCGCUGGAUCUGA